AUGGCAUCAAACGUUGCCAGUCUUGCAACAGAAGGCCCGCCACCCGGUCAUCAGAAUUCCGUCUCUGCUACUACAGCCCCAUCCGACGACAUCGUGAGACUAACUAAACGACAACGCGAAUCCGAGUCCGUGUCACCGCGAUCUCGUGCCGCGCAGCUUUCCAAACCACCUGGCUCGCCCUCCAAGGUCGCCCGACUGUCUCUUGCGACGACCAUUCGACCUGCCGUGCCUCUCACAGGCGCUGCGGCUCUCGAAGACGAGCGUCGACGAAGGGUCGAGGAGCAGGCUCACAGUUCUUCCAUUAGCCCUGACCCGGCUCGUUCAGUACUUGAGUCCCUAAUGUCUGGUGUCGCUCAAGCGAUGAGCCGUCCUUCUGACACCAUUCAGCUUGCUCCGACCGCAAACAUGGAGCCUGCAACGAAAGCAGCGACCGAGCUCUCCAUGGCUACCGGGAAUGCUGCUCAUAUGGAUGACCAUGAUCGUGACGAAGGUAGUCCUCCUGCAAAUGCGAACGCGAAUUCAAACAAUGUACCGUCCGCCCCUGUUGCUGAGAGCCCCGCCCCGAUGGACUUGGAUUCCAAGAAAAAUGAUCAAGUCCAAGGUCACCAACUUAUGUCACCAGACGAGAGACCACAGUCUGGUUCAAUGUCGUAUCCUGGGUCUUUACAAACUGACGCAAACCUCUCUGAACCACUCAAUCGAGGCAUGAGCUUCCCAAUGCCGAGCCAGAUUCAGAGCUCACCCACAUCAUCUGGUGGCAAAAAACACAAGUGUCCGUAUUGCAGUACUGAGUUUACACGCCAUCAUAAUCUCAAGAGCCAUCUCUUGACUCAUAGCCAAGAAAAGCCAUAUGUCUGUACGGAGUGUCAAAUGCGAUUUCGCCGGCUUCAUGAUUUGAAACGACAUGGAAAACUCCAUACAGGAGAGAAACCACAUAUUUGUCCAAAGUGUGACCGGAAAUUUGCGCGUGGAGAUGCUCUGGCACGACAUAGCAAAGGAGCAGGAGGUUGUGCGGGUCGACGAGCUAGCAUGGGCAGCUUUGCUGACGGUGAUGAAUUGGACGGGACCAUAGGCGAAGGAGAUGACUCAACUAUGUCAGGAGUGGCCUAUGAUAGUGUGGAAGACGAAGAGCUCAGACGACAAAGUCUUCCGAGCAUGGGUGUACAACACUCGUCUGGUGACAACUAUGGCGCACACUCUCGUACAUAUCCUCCAGCAGGUCCUCGACCGUCAGCGAGCGGCCUCUAUCCACCGAAUGUGAAUCUAAGUCAGGCUGGCACGAUUAGCUCCACCAGUGUUCCCGACAGCAUGGCGAGCAGCCAUACGGCAAACACUAGCGUUUCCUCUAUUCCCGGCGGCCCUGGAGGCUCGGGAAUGUACUCACAGGCGGGUAUGACGGAGAGUCCGAAGCCUCUUAGCCCCGGGCUUCCAAGUCACGACUCUGCGAACUUGGCGAGACAACGGUCCCCUACUAUGACCCAACAAUAUCAACAGCAGCAAGUUGGCAGGCCGCCAUCGGACCUGCAGUCACCACACAGCAGCGGUCAGGCAAGGCCCAAACUACCAGGAUUGUCACAUCCAGGUUUUGUGGCACCAAAUUCAGGCACAUAUUCUCACGGUCGCACGCCGAGCGGUGCUCAACCUUCCGGCGAUAGUGGCAAUAUGUUUGCGCAAAGCGACCCUAGCGUUUGGGAAUAUAUCCGUCUGCUAGAGGACAAGAUCAAGUCUCUUUCAGACAAGGUUGUUUCACUUGACCAGGAGGUGGCUAGCCUGAGGAAACAACUUGACACUCGUGAAGGUGCUUCGACUACGUGA